AUGCUCAAAGUUGCCGACAUCUUGUCCGAUCUGACCUCUCUCCGCGUCGGUGAUCCUGUUGCGGCAAUGGACCUCGUCUUGGCUCGAUCGCCCAUUACACCUGCGGGCAUAUCAACUCAACAGCUGAAAAGGGCGCAGAAUACGACUGACUCUGAUGUUGAUCUUGCUCGCGCCCAGGACUUGCUCGACCUCCAUGCCAACGUCAAGCUCGCUCAUCGCGGUGGUCUUGAUCGAUCUCUGCUCCAAGCCCGUCAACAGGUCAAUACGGCCUUGAGAAAUGUCUAG